GAACGCACAGUACAAUCUAGGCAGCUCUGGCGCUCGGAGAUGACGGACGACUACAGUAACAGUUCGCCGGUGGUUCAGACGACACACGGCAAGGUACGGGGAACUUUGCUCAAGGGACUCUACGAUGAGCAGUUCUAUGCCUUCGAUGGCAUCCCGUAUGCUGUUCCUCCGCUGGGAACCCUGCGAUUCAAGGAACCGCACGCUCUUAAGCCUUGGUAUGGCAUUCGAGACGGAUCCAAGCCCCUGGACAAGUGCCUCCAAGUGAGCAGCUACACCAAGUUGGUGGAGGGUUCUGAAGACUGCCUCUUCCUAAAUAUCUCUGUCAAGACUUUUAAGAGUGAGAAACCCUUGCCCCUGAUGGUCUAUAUUCACGGGGGUGGUUACAAGAGUGGCGAUUCCUCUAGACGAGCCUGGGGUCCGGACUAUUUUAUGAAAGAAGAUGUAAUUUUCGUAAGCAUCGGUCACCGGCUUGGUCCUCUAGGCUUUCUCAGUUUCAAGGAUCCUUCGCUGGAUAUUCCUGGCAAUGCUGGCCUAAAGGAUAUAAUCUUAGCCCUUCAAUGGAUCAAGGCAAAUGCUGUCAACUUCAAUGGCGAUCCGGAUAACAUUACCAUCUUUGGUCACAGCUCCGGCAGCACGACAGUUCAGCUCUUGUUGGCCAGUCCGCAAACAGAGGGACUUUUCCAUAAGGCCAUCCUCAUGGCGGGUUUUUCCAUGGAGUUGAACCGCUUGCCUGAUAUGGAGUAUCGCCUGGCUAAACACUUGGGCUACGAGGGCGAGAAUGUGGACAAGCAGGUCUUGGACUUUCUCUUAAAGGCAGAUCCUCAUCUGCUAGUCUCCUCGGACUUUUUUACAGAGGCGGAGAAGAGCCGCGGGUUUAAUUUAGCUUUUGUGCCAAGUGUGGAAGGUUAUGUGACCCCCAAGGCUGUACUCCUAGCAGAGCCCAUUGAACUUCAACGCAAGACCUGGAGCAAUCGGAUCCCUAUUAUAUUGGGGUGCAACAGCGGCGAGGGCAUAUUCCCCAUUGGUUUUGCUAAAACGAACCCGAAAUGGCUUUCAAAAUUUCAACAUAGUCCGGAAUGUGUAUUACCGUCUACGUUGAGGCUUCGCUGCGAUACCGGCCAGCGUCGCCAGUUGGGGCAAUCGCUGGUCCAAGGCUUCUGCCAGGCACAUGGUGCAUAUCUGUCCGUAAAUCAUUCGGAUGCACUUGUGGAACUCUACACACACAGCAUGGUUCAUGCGCAGGAUCGAUUAGUCCAGGCCAGAUUGGCUUACGGUCAGGCUCCAACGUACUUGUACCGCUUCGAUUUCGAUUCGCCGGACUUUAACUUCUACCGCAUCCGAUUUUUCGGAAAGGAACAGCGAGGAGUUGGUCAUGUGGAUGAGUUGGGAUACAUUUUCGUGAUACCCGCCACCUUUAAACUGGACGAGUCUCGACCGGAAUUCAUAACCAUUCGCCGCAUGAUUAACAUGCUUGUCCAUUUCGCAGCCACUUCGGACCCAAAUGCUCCGCUUACCAAGUCCCUGGUUGAGUGGAAGCCAGUCGCACGAUUUGGAACCCGAAUGGUGCUCAACAUCAGUGAGGAUUUGAAGUUUAUUCCACAACCAGAAAUGCCAAGGCUAAAGUUCUUCGAUCGACUGUACGAGCAGGCUGGAGUGCCUUUCACAGAGAAGUCUCCUGUCGUUCAGACAACACACGGAAAAGUUCAAGGAAUUUUGCUCAAGGGUCUGUAUGAUGAUCAGUUUUAUGCCUUCGAUGGCAUCCCUUAUGCUGAACCUCCGCUUGGAGCACUGCGCUUCAAGGAGCCGCACGAUGUGAAGCCCUGGCAUGGAAUUCGAGACUGCUCCAAGCCCCUGGACAAAUCCAUCCAAGUGAGCACCUAUACCAAGUUAGUGGAGGGUUCAGAAGACUGCUUGUACCUGAAUAUAUCCGUGAAAACUUUGAAAAGCAAUAAACCCUUGCCAUUGAUGGUCUAUAUCCAUGGUGGUGGUUUCAAAAGCGGAGAUCCCUCAAGACGAGCCUGGGGACCGGACUAUUUUAUGAGAGAAAAUGUCAUCCACAUCAGUAUCGGUCAUCGUUUGGGACCACUUGGGUUUCUUGCCUUCAAGGAUCCCUCUUUGGGUAUUCCUGGUAAUGCUGGUCUCAAGGAUAUGGUCCUUGCCCUCCGUUGGAUCAAGGCAAAUGCUGUCAACUUCAAUGGCGAUCCGGAUAACAUUACCCUCUUUGGUCACAGCUCCGGCAGCAUGACAGUUCAGCUUCUGUUGGCCAUUCCCCAGACAGAGGGACUUUUCCAUAAGGCCAUUCUCAUGGCGGGUUAUUCCAUGGAGGUGAAUCGCUUGCCUGAUGUGGAAUAUCGCCUGGCGAAGCACUUGGGCUACGAGGGCGAGAAUGUGGACAGGAAAGUCUUUGAGUUCCUCUUAAAGGAAGAUUCUAGUCGUCUUGUCUCUGCGGACUUUUUGACUGAUGCAGAGAAGGGUAAGGGACUUUCUAUGCCUUUCAGACCCAACGUGGAGAGCUACGUCACUCCUGGAGCCUUUCUACUGGCGGAACCUAUUGUCCUAAUGCGCAGUACAUGGAGCAACAGCAUUCCCCUUAUGUUGGGAGCAAACACUGAUGACGGACUGAUGUACUUAAGUGAAUUUCUAACCGAUCCCACGGUCUUGCAGCAGUUUCAGACAUAUCCGGAGCGUGUACUUCCGAGUACCCUAAUGAAUGGCACUAAUACCGCCCAACAACGGGCAAUGGGAGUGGAGCUGUGUGAAUACUUCUGCCAGGCUCAUGGGGAGGAUCUCACAUUGGGACAUUUAAGGGCACUGACGGAACUCUUCACCAUCAACACACUGCAUUCGCAGGAGCGAGUAAUCCGCUCCAGAUUGGCUUACAGCCAGGCACCAACCUAUCUAUACCGCUUCGGUUUCGAUUCGCCGGACUUUAACUUCUACCGAAUUCGUUAUUGGGGUCAUAGCAUUCGAGCUGUGACCCACGUUGAUGAGUUGGGAUAUAUCUACGUGCUCCCGGCCACCUUUAAAUUGGACAAAUCGCGACCAGAGUUUACCACCAUUUGCCGUAUGGUGGCCAUGUGGACACAAUUUGCUGCCACCUCGAAUCCUAAUGCUCCUCUAACCCAACCCUUUGUGGACUGGAAGCCUUUGACUUCAACUGGAGACCGGAUGCUGCUCGACAUUAAUGAGGAUCUUAAGUUCAUAUCGCAGCCCGAGCAGUCGAGAAUGGAAUGCCACGAUCUUGACAGACGACACGCGCUGCGAACGGACAACUGCCAAACGAUGUCGGAGAGUCUCGAAAGCUGUGAACUAACCCUGCCCCUGGGUCAAAUUAGAGGUGUUAAACGUCAGAGCCUCUACGAUGAUACCUACUUCAGUUUCGAGAAGAUUCCCUUUGCCAAACCGCCGCUGGGAGAGCUUCGUUUCAAGUCCCCCGUGCCGGCGGAUCCAUGGAGCGGAGUCUUGGAUUGCACCCACUUUGCGGAGAAGCCCACCCAGCGGAGUUUGAUGACGAAAGUUAUCGAAGGCGGAGAGGAUUGUUUGUAUUUGAAUGUCUACUCCAAGCAGUUAAAGAGUGACAAGCCUUUGCCGGUCAUGGUCUACAUCUAUGGCGGGGCCUUCACCGUUGGCGAGGCCACACGCGAGCUCUACGGCCCGGACUACUUCAUGACCAAGGACGUGGUCCUGGUAAAUUUCAACUAUCGUGUAGAUUGUUUGGGUUUUCUCUCCCUGAAGGAUCCCAGUCUCCAGGUGCCCGGAAAUGCUGGCCUCAAGGAUCAGGUGCUGGCUCUUAAGUGGGUCAAGCAAUACAUUUCGAACUUCAAUGGCGAUCCUGACAAUAUCACGAUCUUUGGCGAAAGUGCUGGCGGUUGUUCCACCCAUUUUAUGAUGUGUACGGAGCAGACCCGGGGGCUUUUCCACAAGGCCAUCCCUAUGUCGGGAACUCUGCACAACUAUUGGUCCAAUACCCCCACCGAGGACUUUGCCUUCCGUCUGGCCCAGCAGUUGGGAUACAAUGGCGAAAACAAUGAUACCAAGGUGUUAGAGUAUCUACGUGGAGUUCCUGCCAGAGAUUUGGUUAAUCAUAAUCUGAUAACUCCCGAGCUUCGAAGGAAUGGUAUGCUGUUUCCCUUUGGACCCACCGUGGAGUCCUAUGUGGGUGAGGAUUGUGUGGUGCCCAAGCACCCGGUGGAAAUGGCUCGGGAUGCGUGGAGCAACAACCUGCCUGCUAUGCUGGGAGGCACCUCCUUCGAGGGUCUCUUCAUGUAUCCCGGAGUGGCUGCUAAUCUAAAAUCAUUGGACAGCCUUAGCCAGGAUCCACAGAGAAUGGUGCCGCACGAGGUGCGAGUGGUGAGCAGCGACGAGGAGAAUACGGAGUACGGGCAGCUCUUGAUUAAAACCUACUUUGGAGAUCAGCCGCCCAGUGCAGAGCGCUUUAUGACCAUCCUCGAUUUCUAUUCCUAUAAAGUCUUUUGGCAUGGAUUUCAUCGAACUUUGAACGCUCGCCUUGCCUAUGCCACAGCACCAACAUACUAUUACAGAUUUGACGUUGACUCCCCCAACUUUAAUUUCUAUCGAACAAAAUUCUGUGGAGAUAAUAUUAAGACUGGAGUGGCCCAUGCUGAUGAUCUUGGCUAUUUGUUUAGGAACGCUGCAUCUUGGAAGCUGGAGAAGACCUCGCCGGAAUAUCGUGCCAUUCAAAAUAUGAUUGGUAUUUGGACUGCUUUUGCAGCUACUUCCAAUCCAAACUGCCAGGAAAUUGGUCAAGUUAAUUGGAAACCUUCAACAAAGGAAAAUCCAAGGGCUGUGCUCAAUAUCAGCAAUGAGGUGAAAGUUAUUGAUCUGCCCGAGUACGACAAUCUGCUGGUGUGGGAUUCCAUCUACAAGCCGGAUCAAUUGAUCUAAACUUAAAGUUUGUACACUUUUAACAGGCUUUUAGAAGGCUAGAAUAAUGUUUAAACAAAUACGUUUUUGUAAAUAAAUAAAACAAAGGUAGA